AUGUAUUCUUGGAACAGGCGCAGGGACGGGUGUAGGCAAAGGCACAGACGACUCCUUCCCCACGUUCACGGUCGCGGCCACGGUCACGUUUCUGUUGCAGCUGUUGCCGCCGCUGUGACUGUCGCUGCUGCUGCUGCUUCUGCUGUUCGUGGGCCCGUCUUCGUUGGCGCCGCAUCGGGCAGUGAGAAUCUCGACCACCAUCGCGACUCACCUCGUCCGUUCCGCUGUCAUUCUUGUUCCUCUUUUCCUUCCCUUUCUCCUCCUCUCCUUCUUCUUCCUCUUCUCCCCCCUCUUGUUUCCCCCUUUGCCCUUCCCCUCCGUUCCUUAAUCACGUUUGAUUCUCUUCUCGCCCACCUCCGUUUCGCCGACGAUUACGCCACUAUCAAACGUUCGGCCCAAGUUCAAGAUUACUCAAGCACCGUCUUUGCCCCCUCCUCAUUGACGCGGAUCCGAUCCCUGCCCGACCUCCACCGGCGAGAGGGACCCGACGCUUUUCCCCUUCUUGCGCGCAAAUCUCCUUCUCCUUUGCUCCCGGCACCUCGAUCAUCCCGACCCCGACUCAGACUCCGAUUCGCGACAUUGUCAAGUCCUGCUCCUGGCGUCUUGCGCACCUUUUCAUCAAGGACGUCGCAUCCGUCCGCUCCGACUCUCGGCGCCAUGGACAGGAUUCCCAAGUUCAGGCGCAAACCCAAGAACCCCACGAUCGAGACUGCCGUCGAGCGCUCAAGCAGCGAGACCGUCGAUAGCAUCGCCAGUUCCGAGCUUCAGGCCGCAAACCUUCAGCUGCAACAGCAGGGACUACAGAUUCAAACCCAGAAGCCAUCAGCAAAGCUCUCCAAGAGGGCUGCCUUCCGAAAUUUCCGUCUGCGCGGCUCGACCAAGCGAGCCCGCGAUAGUCCUCCUGUCGAGUUGCCUUCCAGUCCUCCUCCGGCCGUCGUCAACCACGACGGCAUAAAGAGCCGGCCCGCCACGGCGGAAGGUGUUGCGCUGAGCAAGCAGGAUGGCACCGGGCCCCGGAUUCCUGCCUUCUUGGACUCUUCGAUGCAGGAUAUCGAUUUCAAGUUCCAGGAAUUGACGUGGGCCGAGCGUGAUCGAGUGCUUGAAGGCAGCAGAAACGAAGCGGACGAGGAUUUCAAAUGGGGGCACUUCAAGCAACUCGAUGUGGAAGAGAAGGGUGUCAUGGACCGUUACAUCAACAUCAAACCGUGGAAUCACAACCGUAUUAGGUUGCAAGUCCCUGCGAACGAGCUCGACUACGUCAAUGCCUCCGAGAUCGUCCUCACCUCGCCCUCGGACCCGAGCCGGGAGCCACUCCGCUAUAUCGCCAUGCAGGGUCCGACCCCGCCAUCCAUCGAAUAUGUCUGGCGUAUGAUCGCUGAGCAGAUGGCGUCGCCUGCCGUGAUCGUGCAGCUGACCACCAUGUGUGAGGGCGGAGUCAUCAAGUGUCACCCAUACUUUCCCGACAACGAAGACCAGCCAACCUUGAUUCUGAACGAGCAUGAUGCAUGGGGCGAUGACUGGCAGGGCGAGGUUACGUACGACUCAUAUGAAGAGCUUGCAGAUGGUGCCAUUGAGAAGCGCAAGCUACUCUUGCAGCUGAAGGACGAAGAUGAGCCCCGAGUCGUGUGGCACCUGCUCUACCGGUUAUGGCCUGACUUUGGCGUGCCCGAACUUGAAGAUCUCGACGGCUUCUUUGAGCUCAUGCGACUAUCUCGGGAGCUCAGCGCACCCACCAACCCGCGCAUUAUUCAUUGCAGUGCUGGCGUGGGCCGAACCGGUACUUUCAUCACCCUCGAACACCUCAUGCGCGAACUCGAACUGGGCACGUUUCAAAAUUACGAUGAGCCCACUGAAGGGCCUGAUCUAGUUUAUGAAACGGUUGAUAGCCUCCGAGAACAACGUGUGGGAAUGGUUCAGGGCAAGCCUCAGUUCUUGUUCAUCUAUCAGGUCAUGCGGAAGCUAUGGCAGGACAAAUACGGCGUUGAUGAUGAGGGCAAUGAGCCCGCAGCUAAGAGGCUCGAGGUAGGCGAUCCGUUCAUCGAUGAUUCACUACCGGACCCCAAGCAAAGCAGCAACAACCUGGCGAUCGGGAUUGCCAAGUAG